UCGUGCUGUCCGAAUCUUCAUAACAAGCGCCACUAAUUUCCAAUCAGGUUUGAACGACAGGUUUGUCUGUUGGAGAACCUAGCUAAACUGGAGAGGUUUGAACUGAAGUCAUGAAUCAAAAUGCGGAGUGUGAAGCUGAUAUGAAGAAACUAGUGGAUGUAUUUGCAGAGGACUCAGAAAGUGAUGAGACAUUUGAUGGCUUUUCUGACUCUGAGCUCACAGAAACGAAUUUGGAUUUGCAUCUUGAAUCACAACCUGACUCUUCUCCCAUGAAGCUAAAGAUCACAUCUAAACCACCUGCUGCCUGUCAGCCCUUCAGGCUGAGGAUUGCACUUCGAUCUGGCUCUUCCUCUUCUUUCCAGCUCUCAGAGUUUGAGGAUGAAGAAGAAAAUAUUGCAGCAAAGAGAGGAGUGAAGAGGCCAAGAGAGCCCAAAAGGUCAAAGAAGGGCAAGCAUGUGAAAUUUGAGGAUGAGGAGAAGGCUGUGAGUCAACCGCAUCAGGCUGAGGAUAAUGAAUCAGGUCCUGCAAAAGAUGAGUCGGAUAAUUUCCUGGCCAAGAGAGAGCAGAACAUCAAGGCCAACAAAGCAAUGUUGGCCCAGCUGAUGGCAGACCUACAGAAAAUGCCUGGAGGAGCUGGCUUUCUUAAGAAAAAAGCAGGCAGACCGAUGACAAAAGGAAAAAGCUAUCACCCGCCUCGCUCUGGUCAAAGUGACAGGGAAACCAGGAGGAACCCAGAACGGGCUUCUCGCAGACAGACCCGCUCUAUGGGGGGAAUCGAGGACCCUUCAUCUCCUCUGGAAGCAGUUGUGGAGCUCAGCUUGGAGGAAGAGCUACUGGAGGUUCGCCGAGCUCCACGUCGCCGCGGCACUCCACGACCCAAUCAGAACAACCCUCACGUCAUCCGUCCAGUAGAUGACAUCACAGAAGACGAGCUGGAGUUGGUGGCUGACAACAUGACUGACAAGGUUUACAACAGUGUCACAGGCUCUACGUGCCAUCAGUGCCGGCAGAAAACUGUCGACACAAAGACUUGCUGCCGCAAUGAGAACUGUCGAGGGAUUCAGGGUCAGUUCUGCGGGCCGUGCCUGAGGAACCGAUAUGGAGAGGACGUCAGGAAGGCGCUGCUUAAUCCGGACUGGAAGUGCCCCCCGUGUCGCGGUAUUUGCAACUGUAGUUUCUGCCGCCAGCGCGAGGGCCGAUGCCCUACUGGCAUCCUGUUCCCUCUGGCUCAGUACCAUGGCUUCUCUGACGUCCACUCCUACCUCAGCAGCCUCCGUGAAAAACUGAAAGACGAGGAGGACGACAUGUGAUUUUAACUCUGGGUGAACGUUUAUUCAGUUUGUUGCAUCUUGUGAAGUUUUUCUGUUUUUUUACCAUUUUUAUAAAUUUAACCAAGUUUUCGCUGUCCUGCUUUGUAUAUUGUGAAUAAAGCUAAAGACAUGUUCGCAAAGAAA